AUGUCGGCAAUCAGUGUCUUCCAGAGAAAGGAAGAAAGUGUCACGACGUAUACCUCGUCCUCGCUGCCAGAGAGGGGGGCUGUGGGCCUAGUGAACAUUGGCAACACGUGUUACUGCAAUGCAGUGAUGCAGGUAUUGUUUUCAGCUAAGGCCUUUUGUCUUUGGUUUCUUCAAGGAGAUAUUCGGCGGCUCGCUUCUAACCCCAGAUCACGCUUCCAUGGCCGUCUUUGCCAUGCCUGGGUGAAAGUGUUACAAGAAGUGUAUGAGCAGCCGUUAAAGCCCAAGAACCCACAGCCGUUGAACUGCAAAGCUCUUUUAAAUGUUAUGCGUUCCGAGCAUCCCGUCUUUUCAAUCAAUAAACAGUGUGACAGCCAUGAGUUUUUACGCGCUUUCCUCGACGGUAUUUCUGCCGACUGCAACAGAGUCAUCAAGCCCCGAAAGCGCGUGGAAUUAGAUGACAGACAGGGGGAGAGCAUGAGAAGCUGCAGCGAAAGAUUUUGGCAAGCUGCGCUGAGAGAUGAACAGUCAGUUGUUACAGAUAUGUUCGGCGGCCAGCAUGCCACAAAGAUCACAUGCUUAAGAUGCAGCAAUGUCAGAUACAGAUUCGACAGCUUCCUCGAUAUGCCGGUGGAAUUCAGUAGCCAGGAGGACUCUACCAGGGAAAGCCUUGAAGAUAUGAUUGAAAAUUGCUAUGUUAGACGCUUUGAGUACAAGGAGCUGGACUGUGGCAUUUGCGCUGCGCGGUGCCGGUCAGAAGUCCGUCACAUGCUGUACCGCCUUCCAUCUGAAUACCUCCUGAUUCAUGUAAAACGCUUUCGCUGGCUCAAAGGCAUAAAGUUUGAGACAAGGAUGAACAACAAAAUCGUUCUCCCACGGUCAGACGAUCCCUCAACUGCAAAUGCAAAAUUUAUUUUGGAGGGAAUAGUGUGCCAGAAAGGAAGCUCUGAAUCUGGCCAUUACACUUCGUGA